UGAAGAUGCUCGAGAAAAGAACUGGAAGACUUUUCACAUGAAAGCUUGGGAGGAUGCCUCAUCUUGUGGUUUUAAUCUUUGGACUGAAUCAUACUGCAGAAGAGGAGAUGUUCCUUUCAGGCUUGGGACCUUCAUGAGUCGGAUAACUCUGCCAGUCCAGCCGACAUGGACCGCAUGAGCAGGAAUAAAGUGGAGCAUGGGCGACAAACGCACCAGGUCUUACAGAGCACUCCGCUCGACUUGAUUGAAACAGGCAAAUCCCUCAAAGUCCAGGCAGAGCGCCCCCACCUGGUCAGCCUGGGAAGUGGACGCCUGAGCACAGCCAUCACUUUACUACCACUGCUGGAAGGGAAAACCACGCUGGGCAGUGAGGGGACAGAUAUCCCCCUGCAGGGCCCCGGCAUCGCAGCUAAGCAUUGCUACAUUGAAAACCAGGCAGGCAACAUCACCUUGUACCCAUGUGGAAACCAGUGCUCAGCAGAUGGCGUUCGCCUCACCAAACCUUAUCGGCUUACUCAAGGGUGCAUGCUGUGCUUCGGUCAGUCGGCCUUUUUCCGUUUCAACCAUCCCGAAGAGGCUCAGAGGAUGAAGAGCAUGCUACCAGAGGGGACCCGCGGGCUGAGUGCCACAAAAACACCAUCUGACCCCCAUAAGGCUCUGAAUGGGAACCAUGACUCCAAAAUUAACAGUAUGGCAAAAACCUUGCAAGACUCUUUGGUGCUCAAGACUUCAUCAUCACCGGGGAUUGGUAAACAUCCCGUCCCAGACAUGCUCAAUGGAACUAGCAACUCCAAAAUAGAUGUCUCAAUUUAUGAGAACAGCAGCAGCUUCCUGGGCCAUAACCUUGACAGCAAAACACCUGCCCGGUUACCUCAUACCAAUCACACCCCUGUCCCGCAUCCACGGCCCUCACUCUCUGUGGCUGCAAGUGGUACCAGUGGAAGUCAAAAGGCCCAGGAGAGUCCAAAGCCUCUGAGGAACGCAAGGGUAGAGGCAACAUCAUGCCCCACACAACAUAUCAGGGGGUCAGGACAAAGCGCAGAAAACUUAAGCCAAAGCCACAAACCAUCAUCCAUCAAGUUUUACCCAAAGACUCCGUCAAGCCCUCAAUUAAGGGGUUCCACCCUACAGAAGAGAUCCCAGAGCCCCUUGCGAGAGCAGGUUCAGUCUCUUUCCCAUGUAGACAUAUCUCAAAGGGUCAUUACUCCAGACUCGUCUGGGUCCACCGCCCUGAGGGUGCCCGGCAGAGGGACCUCAGGAUCGCAGGGUUUGGCUCUGCCCCUUGCCUCACAGGGCUUUACUGCUAACCCCAUCCUAGAGAGCCCCCAGGGCAACCGCAAACUCACGACUCCUUCAAAAGCAGAAGUCAUGCGGGUACUGUAUGCCCAGAGUCCAUCACCACUCCCUGGGCUGGAGAAGGAGCAGGGAAGCAGGCAGUUAAGGCCUGCGCCAGGAAAUGCCAUGGUCUCAAGCUUAGGCUCUGCAUCUGGCUUGUCUCCUAUCGCUAGCCCUCAUAGCGUAAGAAAGACUUCUUGUCCGACUGCCAAGGGAUCAUCCGGCAAGGACCCAAAUCUUCCAAAACCAUACACUCGGGAACGUAAAAACAGCAUCUCUGAGAUCAGCGACAAUGAGGACGAGCUGCUUGAAUACCAUCGCUGGCAGAGAGAGGAGAGGCUGCGUGAGCAGGAAAUGGAGAAACUGGAGCGACAGAGACUGGAGACCAUCCUGAAUUUGUGCGCAGAGUAUAAUCAUGAGGACGGCUCUGUGGAGCUGGUGAAGAGUGGUCUGCUGGGUGCUGGUAGAGGACUUUGUUCGGACUUGGGAGGUGGGAUGGCUCUCCUGGGAGACGGCCGAAACCAGAGGGUGAGGGAGAACGACGAGGAAAUCCAGAGAGAGGAGUCUAGCAGCACAGAGAGCACGCACCAAGAGUGUGAAGAGCUGUUAGCCGGACAGGAGGAGAUUUACCUGGAGGAGGAGAGGAACAGGAUCCUGGCCAGGGUUGAUGAUUUGAAACACAGAGUCAGUGAGCUGGAGCAGCAGCUACAAGAGACCAAACAUGAGGUGGAGAUGGAGCAAGCCCUGCUGCAGGCAGAGCGGCGGGCAGAGCAGGAGCAGGUGGAGGCUGAAAAUGAAAUAAUCUCUCAGCUACAGCUCAAACUCAACCAGCUGGACAAGGCCACCCAGAAAGAGAAGGACAAGGGGAGGGCUAAUGUGUCGGCUGAGCGGAAGGCCCUGGAAAAGCAGAGGAAUGAGUACAAUGAGCUGAAGAGGCAGUUUGAUAAGUGCCCCUUGUCUCUAAGGGAACAGUUACAGGAGCAGCUCAGCAGGAAAGCUGAAGCUCUGGAGUCUGGGACCAAGCAGUUUGAGGAGCUGGAGUUCUGCCAGCUGGAGGAGGAGAGCCGUCUAGAGGAGAAGAAGGAAGCUCAGAGCUCACAACUGCUCCAUGAGCGAGCCGAGUAUCACUGCAGCGUGGCCAGGAGGAAGGAAAAGAUGGCUGCUCUGGAAGCUCAGGUAAAGCAGCUGGGGUUACAGGCAUCUCAAGACUGUGAAAGGCUGGCAAAGGACAGGACAGUGACUUUGCAUCUGUUACAAAAGGAACAAGACAUGCUGUGCGCCCUGGAGAAGAAGUACCACACGCUGACAGGAGGGAGAAACUUUCCAAAGCCCGGUGGCAGCAGCAGCAUGAAAGAGGAAUUGCUUCACAUCAGCGAGCCCGACCUUAUUUAUGUGGAUGGUUCUCCUCAUAGUCCCUGUCCCUCCUCUGCCUCCUUCUCCUCCUCAUCCUCUCACAUCCCCUCCCCCGAGCUAUAUCCUGUCAGGCUACAAGAGGAGUACCUCAGGAUGUCUGAUGUCUAUAGGAUGUAUGGAAAUGCUUCUCUGCAGCCUCACUCUUCCUCUCCUGCUGCUCUCCACUGCCUCUCCCUCACUGUAACUCCAGCUUUGCCAACUGAGGAGUACAUCACAGUCAGUCAGUUAAGUCAGAUCUUUGGGAUGCAGCGAGUCGAUCCCUCCUCUUCCUCUUCCUCUAUGCCAGCAUUCCAACUCGCCUCCUCUGAAUCCACCUUCUCAUGCCACACAACUGCACGUGGUCCUUCCUCCUUUCUCUCUGCACAGAGCCAACCUGAGCUGAGCAGGAAUGCAUUGCCUCCUCUUAAUCUUGAGCGCUGGUACCAGGAAAUCAUGGCAGCUGGAGAGCCUCAGCCAUGCCCUCCACCACUGCCUGCAAAGUCUUUUGCCACACGCAGACACGGGCAGCUGUCAAAGUCCAAAUCAGAAGGUGAAGUCGGACAGGUUUCAUCAAACAGAAGCACCACGUUGUUGCCACACUCCAGUGGUGCUACACAGGAGAAAAAUGCUUCCACAAAGGGGUUGCACUUAGCGCUGAGAGAGAUGUCAAACCCACUGGAGAUGGACUCCAGGAGGCAGUUGGCUUUGCCGAGCAGAGAUACAUCUCCCACAGUCCAUCACGCCAUCUUGCAUCACCAGCUGCCACCCAGUGGCAACCAGGCGUAUGACACCCUGAGUCUGGAAAGCUCAGACAGCAUGGAGACCAGCGUCUCCACCGGCAACUCCGCCUGUACCCCAGAAAGCGCCUGUGGCUUAGAGGCCCAGAGGAUAGAAGAGAUGGAAAAGAUGCUGAAGGAAGCGCAGCAGGAGAAAGCCAGACUGAUUGAGAACAGAGAGAGGGAGGUGCAGGCUCGGCGGCAGAUGUUAGAGGAGGAGCGGAGGAGGCGAGAGGAGGCCGAGAGGAGGCUUCAGGACGAGACGGCCCACAGGCAGAGGCUGGUGGAGGAGGAGGUGAAGAUGAGAGAGAAGCAGUUCUCCCAGGCCCGUCCAAUGACGCGCUACUUGCCGAACCGCAAGGAGGAGUUUGACCUGCGUGCCCAUGUGGAGUCAUGCGGCCACAACAUAGACACCUGCCCCUUUGUCAUCCUCACUGAAAAAAUGUGCAAGGGCCACUUGGUGAAGAUGGGCGGCAAAAUCAAAUCCUGGAAGAAACGCUGGUUCGUUUUUGACCGUCUCAAGAGGAACUUCUGUUAUUACGUGGACAAGCAUGAGACCAAGCUGAAAGGGCUCAUUUACUUUCAGGCGAUUGAAGAGGUUUAUUACGAUCACCUACGCAGCGCCACUAAGAGCCCCACUCCAUCUUUGACCUUCUGCGUGAAAACUCACGACCGGCUUUACUAUAUGGUGGCCCCGUCCCCUGAGGCCAUGAGGAUCUGGAUGGAUGUCAUAGUAACGGGUGCAGAGGGCUACACGCAGUUCAUGAGCUGAGGGACCACUGGGUGAGCGAUCUGGUUGAUGUCGGAAAGCGAGCGAGCACCCAGACACCUGCGAGCCAACCUGAGCUGCUCCCUGCCGCAGCCGGGACUGGAAUCAAACAGCUUGACAGCGUGCAACGGAUGGACUUGAGCAGAUGCCUUUGAGCAGAUGAGGGCUCACUCAUGACAAGGGUGCAUUUCAGUGAUUAUGAGAGUUGUAUUUAUCUUUCACCUAGCUGUGUGAGUAGAAGGAAAAAAAACACUUUGAGUAGCCUGCCAGUAGAUUCACGAGGGACUUCUCAGCAACAUCAAUCACAUUCGAGUACCAAAUGUACUGUUAAUAUUUACAAUACAAUACUUUAUUCUUACUUUAUAUAAGCUCAACCUGUUUACACCUUUGAAGCCGAUCUAUGCAUGCAGUUUUAUCACUCUAACCUUUUUGAUACAUUUGUACUUUUUCCCUUUGUUAACUUUUCUCAUAUUACAAAAUAGCCUCUCAGUAUGAAAAAACAACAACUAUACAGUAAAAACAACUUACAAGCAGCUACUCUGAAACAUAUUAUUGAGACGCAUAUUAUUUGGUGCCAAAUACUUGUAAUGCUGUGCAAGAUUUGUUGUUUUUUUUUGUUACACAAGUGUUAAUACCACUUUAUGUAUUGUUCCAGGAGCUUCUCAUUUAGGCUAAUAACACAGCUUUAAUAUGUCUGUAUUUUACAUAAAUACCCUAUGUCAAGUUAAAUUCUAAUAAUAUGAUUUUAAUAAGAAUCAUAAAUUAUAUAACAGGAUUGUAAAACUACGUGUAAUAAACAAAACUAUAUGAUGUAUCUUUUGUUGCUUUUUGCCUCAUAAAGCACUACGCUGCUGA